CGCCGCAGCCGCAGUGUGUAUCAUGUGUUGUUCGUGUGUGCCGCGUCGAUUAGAUUACGCGAGAAAGUAACGGAAAACAAAACGGUCGCGCCCGGUCCGACUGAAUAUACCGGUCCGAACGCGAGCUCGGGGGGGACCCACCGAUGUGGCAAUCGGCGUCGCGUGAGGCCAACGGUUCCGUGGGCAGACAGAACGGGAAAAAAAGCCCAAGAGGCAGCACGCAUGAUAUGGCGUAUUAGAAUCGACGCGACACACCGAUGGUGACGAUAAUGAAUAUUACCAGAGUACGGCUGCGUACGCACCUGCGUGACGGGAGAACGGCGGCUGCGGCGUCGGCGUCGGCGUCAGCGGCGGCGGCGGCAGUGCCCGUGUUGGCCGAGUCCAUCGCCCGUACGCGGCGCGCGCGAAAAACCGUCGACGGCGUCACCCCGUCCGGCAACGACUACCUCUUGGCCGCGACCGACCAAGUCUUUUUCACCGGCACAGCGUCUCUGAAACGGCCCUGUUCGAGGACACGGACGGCGCGUGUACGGAAAACCACUUCGGGGUACGUAACGCGAACACGGGCAAAACUGCGAUGUAACGACAGAAAAAAACUCGCCGCGUAUACCUAUGCAAACAAUAUUAAAAUGAAAAUGGUUGUGCAAAAAAUGACAUUUUCCAGUAUAACUUUCCGACGAGGAUUGCAUGGUGCUAACAAAAAAUUAGAUAGUCUCAUAAGAGUUAAUCAUGCUGGAGAACUUGGAGCUGAUCGUAUAUAUGCAGGACAGAUGGCAGUGUUAGGAAACAGCAGCGUAGGUCCAAAGAUUAAAGAGAUGUGGGAACAAGAAAAAGUACAUAGACAAAAAUUUGAACAACUUAUAAACCAGAAUAGAGUACGGCCAUCACUGCUAUUUCCUUUAUGGCAUUGUGCCGGCUAUGUACUUGGAGCUGGUACAGCACUUAUGGGUCCUAAAGCUGCUAUGGCUUGCACUGUUGCUGUGGAAACUAUUAUUGUAGAACACUAUAAUGAUCAAUUACGAGAGCUGAUGGAUGAUCCUGAAUCUGAUAAAGAGCUACUUGAAACCAUUAAAAAGUUUAGGGAUGAAGAACAAGAACAUCAUGAUUGUGGAAUUGAUCAUGGGGCUGAGCAAGCCCCAUUUUAUGAUGCAUUAACAAAAGUCAUCAAAACUGGAUGCAAAGUAGCUAUUGAAGUAGCAAAAAGAGUGUGAAGUUAUUAUCUAUAUGAGAUCAUAUUAUAAUUAUGGUUAAAUAUUUGAAUUAUGUAUAUUUUUAGAGAAUAAACAUUUAUAUUAA